AUGUUCGCAGUAUAUUUUCAUGGGCAGUAUAAAGGUUCUGGUGGUCUAAUAGACAAAUUUGACGAAAUGAGAAUCUUUACAGUUCGUUCAGACGAAAGUCUUGAGAAAACUCUAAAUGACUUUCAAACUCAAAUGAACAAAUAUUAUUGGGAAUUUCAAGAAAAAUACGACUCUUUACUAAAUGGAACAUACUAUCUGAAACUAGAAUAUGACAAGAUGAACUCCACCGUUUCAUUUCAAAAGAUUGAAAUUAACCCUCCAAGAGAUACACAGUUUUUAUUUUGGGAAGUAGACAAACGUUCUUGGGCACAAUUUCUUCGGUUACUAAACCAGAACGAACCAUUACCACCAGAUGGUCCAUUUAAAUUUAUACUUCCACCAGCAAAUUUGACAGUUUAUAGAAACGUGUUUGACCCUCAAAAUGUUAUGUGUCAUGCAAGUUUCAGUUCAAGCAACAAUAGUUUUCUAUGUAUUGGUAAGGACUUUUAUGACUUUGCUUCUAAAUUCUACGAACCACCUAGUAACAGUUUCUCUGACUUUCAAGUUUGGUUCACAACAAAUGGUGUGCAACAUAUUAUUCCAUUGUACUAUGACUUUUAUCUCGAAUUGUCUUUCAUAUAUAACUACGGAAAAGUGCUGAAAAAGUAUUGA